UUUUGAUUGACCUCCCAGAGUUCGUUGUAACCUCCUUUGUUGAUAGUAAUAUUCAACUAGCCAUGCAAAAAGUCCUGUUUAUCUUUGUUUACACGACAAAAUACAUGUUGUGUUGUGCUGCCCUCACAUGAUUCUCAAGUCUAAAUGCAUGCAAUGGGGUAUGACGACUCAGCAUGUCUCACAGCAUGUCCAGUUCAAAACCUGAUUUUUAGCUGAUAUGUGGAACCUUCCUGUGGGUCUUACUGUAUUCUCUCGAGGCCUGUUGGCAAGACCUCCACCAAGUCUCUUACUGAAGCUACCUGCCAGUCAUCAAAAUAAAAAGCUCAUUUCCCUAUCAACCUCCACACUCAAUCGAGCCAUGUCUACCGCUGCUUUUGGAACCAUGAACCAACCUCAACUCUCCGAGACGUUCCUCUUCCGACAAUUCUUUGAUCGUACGUCCUGCACCUACACCUACCUUCUGGCCGAUACCCAGACCAAGGAAGCAGUGCUCAUUGAUCCGGUCAUUGAGUUGGCUGAACGCGACCGAAAAGCUGUUCAAGAGUUGGGCCUCAAUCUCAUUUACGCCCUGAAUACCCAUAUGCAUGCGGAUCAUAUCACGGGCACGGGAUUGCUGAAGAAACUGAUUCCAACAUGUAAAUCCAUGAUUGCCGAGUCCAGCGGAGCCAAGGGCGAUAUCUUGUUGAAAAAUAGCGACAAGGUCAAGUUUGGAAACUUCGAAUUGGAGGUCAGAUCCACUCCUGGUCAUACGGAAGGUUGUGUUACUUAUGUUUGUCACUCUCAGUCCAUGGCCUUUACUGGAGAUACGCUUUUGAUCCGUGGAUGCGGCCGCACCGAUUUUCAAGGGGGGUCAUCUGAUAUCUUGUAUGACUCUGUGUGGAAGCAAAUUUUUACUCUUCCAGAGAACUUCACUUUGUUCCCCGCUCAUGAUUACAAAGGCUGCACGAAAACGUCCGUGGCCGAAGAACGUGAACUUAACCCUAGACUCACCAAGUCAAAAGAGGAGUUCGUCAAGAUCAUGGCCGAGCUUGGAUUGCCUUAUCCGAAAAUGAUUGAUGCGGCUUUGCCAGCUAAUAAGGUGUGCGGAUUGUAUGAUUUGCCCGACAAUUUGAAGGACCUGAUGAAUUAAGGACAAUUUGCCCGAAUAACGAAGACAUCAACACUUGCACCAUCUACCAUUCAAAGCUUCAAAUCACCUUUCUAAAGCGAGGUUUCGUGUUGACGAAGUUUCAAAUUUGCGAGUUUGAUUGUUUCGCUUAAAACUUCGAAUCAUUCCCUAGCGCGAAUUUCGUCCUCGUUCCAGGAUCAAUCAAGAAACAUUGGCCUACUUUUGAUUAUACGUAUAGGCCAGUAGCACUUCCGAUCGAUUCAUUAGCAUCUUGAGCAUGCUUUCAUUCGUUCAAUUGAAUUUGACCUGUGAUUAGGUUUUGAUGAUAAAUUCUUUGUUGUGUCUCGUUCUGAUAAUGAAACCCCUUAAGAGCGCACUAAUAAAAUACAUCAAGCAUCCAUUA